CGCUUAAAUGUCUCAAACUUUGACAUUAUCACCAACCACCAACCAAAGACACCAUGGCUAGGGCUCCAGUUCUUCUCAAAUUCCUCAUCUUCCUAGCACUAUUUUCAAAUUUGGUCACAAUCCUAGUCAACGGAGAAGAAACCAAUGAAGACUUUGUUCGAACCCUAGAUCGCAAGCUCAUCGGUCUCAAGAAGGAGAAGCUCAGCCAUUUUCGGUUCUAUUGGCACGACAUUAUUAGUGGCAAAAACCCCACUUCAGUAUCAGUAGUGAAAUCACCAUCCAAAACCUCCAAGACCAGUUUCGGAGCCAUAGCGAUGAUCGAUGAUGCGUUAACAUUAGGGCCUAAAUUGAGCUCAAAACUGGUGGGAAGGGCACAAGGGUUCUAUGCAUUAGCAGCGCAAGGAGAAGUUGGGUUGUUGAUGGCUAUGAAUUUUGCUUUCAUUGAAGGCAAGUACAAUGGUAGUACUAUCACAAUCUUGGGGAGAAAUACAGUUUUCUCUAAGGUCAGAGAGAUGCCGGUGAUCGGAGGAAGUGGGCUUUUCCGAUUUGCUAGAGGUUAUGUUCAGGCGAGUACUUACAUGUUUAAUCAAACGACUGGAGAUGCCAUUGUUAAGUAUAAUGUUUAUGUAAUGCACUAUUGAUGAUGGUCUCUUUACUCUUCAAGAUUAUUCACUCUUUGUCAAUGGACGGCUCGAUAUUAUGUUGACUA